CUAGCUCUUAGGGGAAGAAGCCGGCCAGGUCUAGUCACUCGUUCUAUGCACCUUGUUGGUGUGCCAACAUGUUUCCCAGCCUAGAAGAUCUAUACUUGAUCCAGUGCCGGGAUUUUGCUUUGCGCCAUUGAGUGAUGCCGCUUGUCUCUUAUCUUCGAAGCAGCCGGAUCUCUUAAGAUCUGCGAGUCCACAUCUCUUGUGAAAAUCAUGCAUUGCCUGCAUGCAUGCGUGUCCGUUUAAUUGCUGUAAUCCAUAAUCUGUGAGAUCUGGAUUGAAGGGUAACGGAAGGGGGAGCGUUGAACAAGAAUAUACCGCCCAACCCGCCACGCAGGCCUACAGAGUGACGAUGAAAAAUCAACCGGGGCUGCCGAAGCAAUCCCCUCCUCUGUCCUCACCAACGCUAUCCAGGAUGUGUGCAGUGGCGGGAGCACUGUUGGCAAAGCGAUGCGGAACAUCCGAGCUCAUGUGUCAGAUUCUGGAGGGCACCGCUUGCAUCCACUUACCAAGAAACUCGGGCUCCUGUCGAACCACAAUGAUUCGAGAGAUUGGUGGCGACUCUUGGAUGAUGGUCCAGAAGUAAGCUACUUGAAUAUCCCAGUGAAGUACAAGGAUGGGAAUGGCAGAAUUGUUAUUCGCUCGGAGCCAUGGCCCAUCAUUGAUGUGCAUGAAACCAUGAGUUUUCUAGUGGGAGCUGGAAAGAUUCUAGUUCCCAACUCGGAGCGGCUAAAGUAUUGGAGAACCUCGAAAGAGCACGGAGAGAAAUGGGCUCAGAAUGUGGAAUCUGAGCAGAUGGUGCCGAUCGGAAUAUACGGUGAUUCCGCCAAAAUGACAACCAAGUUUGGAAGCGAGAACGCGCUUGCAAUGUUUUGCAACGUGAUACUGUGGAGGCCUUCAUCAGUUCGAUGGAGCAGGUUCUUGAUAUUCGCUAUCCCAGAGGAACGGCUCACCAACCAAGCCUUGCAGGCGUUCUUGAGGAGAAUCGCGUGGAGCUGCAACCAUGCUUUUUCUGGCAGGUUUCCCGAUGCUGGUGUGCAUGGAGAGCCAAUGACUGGGGAAGCGGCGCGCAAAGCCGGGUUGGCUUUGACAUCUAGAAUGGAUCGAUUCCAGGUGACAGAGUUCAGGGGAGACUGGGGCUGGCACAAGAAGAUUUGGAGAUUUUGGAGAACGCAGUGGAAUGCAGAAUAUGUCUGCCACCUGUGUGAUGCUAAGGGCAUUUCAGGGGACUGGCGGGAGGUGUACUGGAACAUCGAAUCCAACAACCACAGGGAGUUCAAUCUCACGGCAUUCAUUGCGAACCGCAUCCCUUCCCGACUUGUUUGUCCUCUCCUGACUAUCCGUGGUUUUGAUCCAUCGUGUAUACGGUGGUGCCUGAUGCAUGUACUGCAUCUAGGAAUACUUUAUGGCUGUAAUGGCGGGACUUUGAACCUCCUCCUUCAUUCUGGCAUGUUUGGUGACCCAAAUGUCGACUCCAAGCGUGUCCUACUUCACCGGGCAUACAUCAACUUCAAGCAAUUUUGCAGCGCUAAAGGGAUCUACUGCAGUCAGCCGGCAUUCCAGGAGAAGCUUUUGUAUCAAAAGAACGGGGAUGUGCUGUUGAUCGCGAAGGCUUACAAUGGACGAUGCAUUAUGCAAUGGCUUACGGAAGUCGUUGCUGCUUUGCCUGAGCAGUUUGCAGCUGUGGAUCCCAGGACGCCCAUCAUUGCACUCGCAAUGUUGCAUCUCAGCCGAUUUGUGCAUUGCGUUGAGGCCGCCAGUCGCUUCAUGACUGAAGCUGAAGCCCGGGAAGCCUUCCACCAUGGUACAUCCUUUGUUGGAUAUUGGCUGAGAUUGGCAAGAAUUUCAUUGAGGCAAAAUCGCCAAGAAUGGUUUGUUCGCCCGAAACUUCACGCCUUUAUGCAUAUUUGCAGAUCAAUCAUGACGUGCAGAUCGAACCCCAGGUAUUAUCAUUGCUUCGCAGAUGAAGAUGCGAUGUCUUGGGUGAAAAGCACCUAUGGACGAGCGCACGCUCUUCACAGAAUCCGCUGGAUAGUUCGAUGUGGCCGGCUCCGGAUCGCUGCAACGAAGAUGAAGGUGAAAAUGCUGAACAGCGAACAUCUCCGGGAGUUGAAGCUGCUCGAGGAGAACCUCCAGACUGCGAACCACACGCACCUGAGGGGGGACUGUCUUUGCCGCCUGCAUCGGCUGGACGCUGCCAGAGAUGGAGGCUCAAGAUGCUUUGAGGAGGAGGACGUCGUCGCUCGGGAAGAUCUUCCCAUCAGCCGCUUUCCAAUGUUGAGACUGACGUCCGGGUCGACCUUCGAACUCUCCCAAGACACCAUGGAGUAUCAAGAAGGUGCAGCAAGUGGCGCAGUCAAGUAUGAAGAAGGAGCGGCACCGCCCCAUCAAGUCAAGUUCGAAGAGGGCACUACCACUGCCGCCACUGCCCCUGCCCAAGCGGUUGCAGUGAUCCCCACCAUGAGCAGUCAGGGAGAAGGACCUCUACCUCGCUUUGGAAGCAGUGGAAGCCUGAACGGAUCUUUCUUUGAGGCGGACAGCUACGAGCUUUGCAUGGGAAUCCUCAUCCUGGUGAGUGUCAUGGUGCUGGCUUUGGAAAUGCAGUACGAGGGCUACGUAAUCGGCUACGAGCUGCAGUAUCCGAAGCUGAUCCAUCCACCUGAGGAGGUUUGGCACCAGUGGCCAGUGGUUUUGCGCUGGAUGGACAGGACCUUCACAGGACUCUUCGUGCUUGACAUCAUGAUGCGAGUUUGUGUGCUGCGUCUCCGCUUCUUUUGCCAAACGUUGAAUCUCUUGGACUUCGUGGUGGUCUCCUGUAGUUUGAUGGAGGACAUUUUUGGGGACAACUUCCCUGUGAAUGCGCCCUUCCUACGGCUCUUGCGCUUCGCGAAGGUUGCUCGCAGCCUUCGGGUCUUGAAGCGAGCUCACAUCCUGGGGUCGCUCCACUUGCUGUUGAAGUCGGUGCGUGCAAGCGUAGAAGUGCUCUUUUGGUCUCUUUGCUUAUUGGCCAUCAUCCAAUGCAUUGCAGGGAUGCUUCUGGCACAAUCCCUCCAAAGUUUUUUGGCCGACCCCUUGGAGGAUCCCGAAGUUCGGCAAGAGGUCUUCCGGUACUUCGGAACUUUUACGAGCACACUUCUCACGAUGUUUGAGGUUUUGAUGGCCAACUGGGCCCCGCCCUGUCGGAUUUUGGUGGACAACGUCAGCGAAUGGUACUCUUUGGGCUUUAUCAUCUAUCGCUGCCUUGUAGGCUUCGCGGUGCUCAACGUGGUCUCCGCCGUCUUUCUGCAGCAGACGAUGAAGGUGGCUGCGGCCGACCAGGAGGUGGCCAUGCAACAGCGCCAGAUCUCCGCCGAGGCCUAUACCAAGAAGUUGGAAGCCUUCUUCAAACGCCUGGAUGAAUCAGGAGAUGGUGUGUUGACGUGGAAAGAGUUUAGUGCAGUGCUGGGCUCACCCAAGCUGCAGAAUUGGAUGGCCACUCUGGAACUGGAGAGUCAUGAUCUAGUGAACCUGUUUAAUAUGAUCGAUGAUGGCGAUGGUGAGAUCUCUUUGGAAGAUUUCCUCCACGGAGCAAGGCACCUCCACGGCUGCGCCAGCAGUAUUGCUGUGGCAGAGGUGAUGGCCACGGCACGGCGCACUGAAACCAAAACCGAGGCCUUGCUCUUGAUGUUGGCCAAUCUCACAGGUGUCGGGGUGGAUGACGUGAAGAAGCAGACACGGAGGCAUAAGAGCCCGACAGCGCUGAUGAUGUCGACACCGAUUGCCACGCGCGGGCAAACGCCCAUCAACCACCUGCCACAGACCACAAGCCUCUCCGUCAGUUUGGGUUUCCAGCGGUUUCGAGAGCGUAGGAGAGAUCACGGAAGGCAGAAAGUUGCUAGUGAUGCGUGAAAAGGGGAGACGAAAAGACGAAAAGGCAAUGACAGGAG